GUUACAGGUGAGCGUUCCUCAGUACAUGGAGGAUGGCAACGACAGGUUAAUCCUACACGUGGGGAAACAUGUUUCGUAUAAAGGAAAUCCACCAGAACUUAGCGAUUCUCGAAAAUUGGCCAAGAAAGUAUUCUGGCGCGAAAGAAUCAGGGGGAUUCGUUGUGUUGUGGCACCAAUGGUGGAUCAGAGUGAGCUCGCAUUCCGGAUGAUGCUGCGAAAGCAUGGAGCUCACCUUUGUUUUUCACCGAUGAUACAUGCGCAGCUUUUUAUCACCGAUGCUACCUAUCGCCGCACGGCGUUGUCUACAUCCCUUGAUGAUCGACCGCUUAUUGUGCAGUUCUGUGCUAACGAUCCGGUGACAUUGUUAACCGCUUGCCAGUUAGUUGAAAGCUUCUGUGAUGGAGUAGAUUUGAACUUGGGUUGUCCUCAGCUUAUCGCUAAACGUGGACAUUAUGGCGCUUAUUUGCAGGAAGAUCAAAAAUUGAUUUGUGAAAUGGUUGCAUUGCUGCAUUCACGUUUGCAAUUACCUCUUUCUUGCAAAAUACGAAUUCUUCAGAAUAUUAAUGAAACAAUAGCUUAUGCUGUGGCCCUGGUGAAAGCUGGUGCUUGCAUGCUCACUGUUCACGGAAGAACUCGAGAACAACGAGGUCCGAAUACUGGCCUAGCGGAUUGGUAUGCGAUGCGUGCCGUCGUAAAUGCUGUUGAUGUGCCAGUCCUAGCAAAUGGCAAUAUUCAGUUGCCCGGUGAUGUUGAUCGGUGCUUAGAAAUAACAGGUGCAAGUGCAAUAAUGAGUGCUGAAGGCAUCCUUUCGAAUCCGUACCUGUUCGAAAAACGACACGAAGUAAAUUGGACUGCAGCUCGAGAGUACUUGGACUUCGCGGAACGUUAUGAAUCUACUAUUAGUGCUGUACGGGCUCACUUGUUUCGUAUAUGUCACCACAGUUUAUUGGAGUACAGCGAUUUGCGUGAACGUUUGUCAUACGUGUGCUCCAUGAAAGGUUUCCAUCAAAUUGUGGACGAUUUGGAAGAACGUGUUUUUCAGUCAGUUUCGAGUUCAGGAUUGGAAUUUUCAGAAAUAAAAUCAAUAGCUUUGGUUACCUCACCUGCCUUGAUGCCUCAUUGGAUCUGUAAGCCCUAUUACCGUCCAGUGCGCGAUGAUUCAUCUGUUUCUGAUUCACUAUAUCGCGAACGACGACGAGCGGAGCUUGAUGCUUUGGCUCAAAAGACUGGUCUUUCAAAGAGGCAACUGCGUAAGCGUGAGAAGCGGAAAAUCGAAGGCCACAAGGAGCAGUGCAAGGUUCAAACUUAUUUGAAGUGUUUACGCUGCGAUUUGCCAGCCAGUCAGGGUUGUACGUUCGUUUAUUGUAGGAAUUGUUGUCGUUUUAAAGCGGCGACGGAACGAAAGGAUUGUAAAACUCACAAUUUCCAUUUUACUACAAAGAUUCCGUGGUGUUAUCGUGAACAUGAUGGUACUGCGGUAAUUGCAACAACGCUGAUUUCCGGAAUAAUGGGGCUAUAAGAAAUUCAGCCUAGCAGUUUUUCAUGUUGCACUUUUUUUACUGAUUAUAUCGACUUUAUCCUGCAAUGUCUUUGCUUGAUAAUGGAUCGUGUUGAAUGUGUCAUCCUGAGGUCAAGACUUGGAUUUAUAGUAAAAGAAAACGCGAUGCCUAUUGAAUAAGUAGUAAUACUGGCUUAUAUUUGUUAUGAAAGGCGCUUUUUAAUUCCGAACCACUGAAAUAAUAUUUUAUAUCACUGGAUUUGAUUCAUUUUUUCCAUUAAUCGCAUGUUGUAAUCUGUGAAAUGAACGGUAUGUUGAAAUGAAUCGUUUUUCCAUAACGGAUAAAGUUUAAACUGGUU